AUGAACAAGAUUAAACAAACUCGAAAUGAAUGAAUUUGAGCAUUGUUAAUGGUCAAUUCUUGUUGCAAAGGUCAUGGAUAAGUGAUCAGGUAUAUUAGUAGCUGACUCGUAUCAAACAUGGAGACGGGAGUGGUGAUCGCCCUGAGUUGUGUUGGAGGUGUGGUUUUACUAUGCAUUUUUGGACUUGCAAUUUUCUUGUAUUUCCGGAGGUUACUUCAACAAAAGAGCGUUGGAAGUAAGGGUGAUAUCGAGUGUGAAAAUGUGGAUACCAGUUUGGAAGGAAUAACUCGGGUGGGCGUAUCCGGUGAUGUUACACUCCGCAUAAAUCAGCAGGUUCUUAGUCAUCAAGAGAAUUCAAAUAACUCAAAACCUUUAACAAUAACGAGGUCUACUUCUCAUUACGAUUAUCCUAAAAGUCCUAAAUUAUUUCCGUCCUCCCGACGCCCAGCCUCGUCUCCCGAAUCAUAUGAAACGGAUAAUAUUUAUGAAAAUAUUCAACCGAGACGAUCAGAUCCUAGCCCAUCAAAUGAUCAGUUUAUACCUAACUCCGAUACCACGCUAAAACUAGUAUCAGUGGCAACGGCGUCGGUGCUUAGUUAUAAAGAUGUCGUAUUUUCCGUUACAAGGGAAACCCCAACUACAGGACAACCUGAAAACCCAAAAAGUGUAUCUCCACCCACGGGUCAAUCAUACCGUAAUACCAAAGUUAGAAACCAACGCCACUCAAAUAGAAGCUUACAACACCGUCCUGGUUUUAAUUUCCCUUACAAAACAUUGGUUAUUGCGGCGGACGCCACACCGCGAAAUAUUGGAGGCUACGUUAUCAACCACUUUUCGAAGCGUGUAGAAUUUUACUCUGUCCCGGCUUCAAGAAUGCCAUGGAUACUUCGAAACACAACGCGUAGUGGAAACCCGACCGAGUUUGAAAUGAAAAAUUUGCUAUGUGCCUUACUCAUUUGGGAAGAAAAAAUUGUGAGGCAUAGAAAAGUUGCAAUUUUCACGGAUAACUCUGCCAUCAUUGGAAACAGUUUGUACGGAUCUCGAGUUCGCAGCUUUAUUCAUCAUUUGCAAAGUUGUAAACAAGUUUUGCAUGUGAAUCCACGGUGGACUUUUUUGAACUCGAAGGAGAGUCCGGAAGUUUUCAAUGAAUUUAUUGUGCCAGCAGAUCAUCUCUCGAGAUUGAAUGAACCCGAAUUUCGAGCUCAUAUCAUUUCCUAUCAUUAUGAUUUCCAUGAGGGAGAAAUUUCUCAAUCGAAUUUUAAUGCCAUUCGACAAAAAAUCAUGUAUUGGACAAGAAACACGUGUCGGAGCUGUGGAUUCCAUAUUCCACGCGCUGGAUCGUUAAAGAAAUCCAUGAUGCACUAAUUAUAAUUCAGUUGUACAUAUCAGAUCUGUAUUUCCAAAGAAUAUGAUAUUAUUUGAUAUAGAUACAAAUAUUCGGCUGUGAUUAAUCAGACAAGGAGUACACAACAAGCGUCGUUGCUUAUCUGGUGGCAUUGACUUUGUUCCGCAUGCAAAUGCACUCAAAAUGAACAAUGAAUCAAUACUUGUUGCUUUGCAGAAGUAAUGCUCUAUGUGAUGUCCGAUUUUGCACCCGCAAUGACCUGGACUUUCUACCUUCCAAUAAAUCGAAAUUUGUCAAAUUAUUGAAAUGAUGAUUUUUACACCUUUCAGUUCAAUGACAGAAUGUAUUUAUUGAUUUUGAGUUUACAUGCAGUGAAGUAAGGACUGAAAAAGAACAAUACAAAUAUGUAUACUGUGCACACCUGCGACAUAAUGUGAUAUUUCAUUAAUGUACAUAUUAUGUAGACAUUGCUGAUUAAAUCAAUAAGAUUGAUGUUUAUAAAUAGUAAGCUGUUGAGCUCUGCCUUAUCUUUCUUGAUAAGCACAGUCAAACAUCCUGUACAAUUAAUAUAGCUGAAUAUUAUUCCUGGUUACGUGAAAUAAAAAUUUCAUACUGGCAUUUGUGCAAGGCAAGAUUUGCAAAAUACUAACUUUCACCAGCAGCUCAACAAGUAAUAUGAAACAAAGUCAGCAUAAUGGACUACCAAAAUAUUAUAAUUGCUUCAGCAGUAACAGUAAUUAUAUUAACGUGCAUUUUAAUUUGCAUUAUUGUCAGCCGAAAAAAGCGUUGUAGAUGUUGUUCGUGGUCAGGAGAUGACGAUGGGAAUUUAAUUAUUGACCAUGAAUCAUCUCUGGGAAGUUGUUCGCCGGUGAGUAGACGAAGAACCAACGAUGCAGUGACCACGGAAGCCUUACCUUCGUCGAGUAACUUCACCAUCGAAAAUAUCGAACCUGAAGCUCGAAAGAAAUAUUAUCGCCCAACUUACGCCAAUUAUGCUCAUCGUAGCAGCAGCUUAUCAUCUCAUGUGUCUGAUGAAGUGACAUCACAACCACGACAGACAGGUUUACCCUCGGGUUCUCGUGCACCUGUCGUGUCGUUGAUCUCAAAUAAUGUGUAUCAUAACUCCGAAUAUAACUACCACCGUGAACAAUGUCGAGUUACUGUAGUCAAUGACUCUCGCCCCACUGACCACUACAAUUCCGGACCAUCUUCUACUCGCUACAACCUGUCCUCUCGUAAUCCUUCAACGAGUACAAAUAAGCUGACACCAACUUCAAUAAGGAAUCCAAAUUCUUGUAGAGUUUUAGGCGAAAAUUGUAUAAAUCGAAAUAAAAUUCGCAAACCGUGGAAUCAAAGGAAACAACUUCUUGGCCGUAAAGCUACCUUAUUAAGACAACCUUCUUCCAAUGAUGACCAGCUUAAGAACACAAAAUCUUUGAUAAUUGCUGUGGAUGCAACUCCAUUUCACAUUGGGGCCUAUUGUAUCGAUCCCUUUCAAGAAAUGGUUCACUACUACUCUGUGUCCUCCUCUAAAAUGCCGUGGACCCUUAAUGACAAAAAAGUUAAUGGGAAUUCGUCCGAAUUUGAGAUGAAAAAUCUCAUGUGCGCCCUCCUCAUUUGGGCCGAUCUGAUGGCGACGUAUAAGUUUGUGAGAAUAUACACGGACAAUUCUGCCAUAAAAGGAACCAAGUCACCGUAUGCAAAGCGGAUUCACAGAUUUUUACACCAUUUGGGAAAUUGUGAAAAUGCCGUUGUUCUUAACCCUUCUGAAAUAUUUUUGCAUUCGAAAACUGACCAGGAAAAAUUUCAGAAAUAUAUUAUUCCGGCGGAUCACCUCUCAAGAAGACGAGAAGACGAUUUCGCUAAGCAUUUUUACCAGAGUAAUUUGACCAUAAGAAAUUUUAAGCGGAUCAAUUUUUGGAGGGUUAAAAGACCAGUGGCAAAAUGGACAAGACAAACCUGUCACAAAUGUGGAUUUUACAUUGAACGAAGUGGAUCCUUCAAAAUAUGACAUGCUUGUCACAACAAAAAUUGGAGAUAGUAAAGAUCAACGUUCGUAUAACAUUCACUUACAAAUAACAAAGCGUAUAGAAAUUGAACACAGCGCAAAAUGAAAUUAUCAACACUCGGUUUACAAUAUAUACAAUGGAAAUCAUGGUAUUAUGAAAUAUUAAAAUUAAACACAAUUAUAAUUUACAGAAUUACGUAUUACGUUUACCCAUUUGGUAUCAUGUAUCUCAAAAUAUUUAUGGAUUUACACGUGCCUGUCACGUAACAGUAUGUAUUUACAUACAUACGUACUCAGGCUGCAGUGGUUCAAACGCAUGAAUCAGCAUUAUUUUUAUGGCAGUUAACUGAGAACCCAAAGCUGGAGCAAUUUCCACCUCACGUUACUUGAUUGACAGGUUAGAAAACGAAAAUGUUAACAUAUUCGUCUGCAAAUAAUAAAGUAAUACUUAUUUAUUGAGCAACACA